AUGUACUUGGUGGCGGGGGGUAGGGGGCUGGCCGGCUGCGGGCACCUCCUGGUCUCGCUGCUGGGGCUGCUGCUGCUGCUGGCGCGCUCCGGCACCCGCGCGCUGGUCUGCCUGCCCUGCGACGAGUCCAAGUGCGAGGAGCCGAGGAGCUGCCCGGGGAGCAUCGUGCAGGGCGUCUGCGGCUGCUGCUACAUGUGCGCCCGCCAGAGGAACGAGAGCUGCGGCGGCGCCUACGGGCUCCACGGAGCCUGCGACCGGGGGCUCCGUUGUGUCAUCCGCCCCCCGCUCAAUGGCGACUCCAUCUCCGAGUACGAAGUGGGCGUCUGCGAAGAUGAGAACUGGGAUGAUGACCAACUGCUUGGCUUUGAACCAUGCAAUGAAAACCUUAUCUCUGGCUGCAAUAUAAUCAAUGGGAAAUGUGAAUGUGACACCAUUCGAACCUGCAACAAUCCCUUUGAGUUUCCAAGGAAAGAUAUGUGCCUUUCAGCUUUAAAGAGGAUUGAAGAAGAGAAGCCAGAUUGCUCCAAGGCCCGCUGUGAAGUCCAGUUCUCUCCUCGUUGUCCUGAAGACUCCGUUCUGAUUGAGGGCUACGCCCCUCCCGGGGAGUGCUGCCCCUUACCCAGCCGCUGCGUGUGCGACCCUGCGGGCUGCCUGCGCAAAGUCUGCCAGCCGGGAUACCUGAACAUUCUAGUGUCAAAGGCCUCAGGGAAACCAGGGGAGUGUUGCGACCUCUAUGAGUGCAAACCAGUUUUCAGCGUGGACUGCAGCACUGUGGAAUGCCCCUCCGUUCAGCAGGCCGUGUGCCCCCUGGAUAGCUACGAAACCCAAGUGAGACUCACAGCCGAUGGUUGCUGUACUCUGCCAACAAGAUGCGAGUGUCUCUCUGGCUUAUGUGGUUUCCCCGUAUGUGAGGUGGGAUCCACUCCCCGCAUAGUCUCUCGUGGAGAUGGGACACCUGGAAAGUGCUGUGAUGUCUUUGAAUGUGUUAAUGAAACAAAGCCAGCCUGUGUGUUCAACAAUGUGGAAUAUUAUGAUGGAGAUAUGUUUCGAAUGGACAACUGUCGAUUCUGUCGAUGCCAAGGGGGUGUUUCCAUUUGCUUCACUGCCCAGUGUGGCGAGCUGAGCUGCGAGCGGUACUAUGUCCCCGAAGGGGAGUGCUGCCCAGUUUGUGAAGAUCCAGUGUAUCCUUUUAAUAACCCUGCUGGCUGCUAUGCCAAUGGGCAGAUCCGGGCCCAUGGAGACCGGUGGAGGGAAGAUGACUGCACAUUCUGCCAGUGUAUCAAUGGAGAACCCCACUGCGUGGCAACAGCCUGUGGACAGAGCUGCAUGAACCCCGUAAAAGUGCCUGGGGAAUGCUGCCCCGUAUGUGAAGAACCAACCUACAUCACAAUUGAUCCUCCUGCAUGUGGGGAGUUAUCAAACUGCACCUUGACAGAAAAGGACUGCAUUUAUGGUUUCAGACUUGAUCACAGUGGUUGUCGAACUUGUCAUUGCAAAAACAGGGAGGAGCUGUGCACUGGCCUCAAACAAGGCUGUACCUUGGAUUGUCCCUUCGGUUUCCAAACAGACGCCCACAACUGUGAGAUCUGUCAGUGCCGCCCAAGGCCAAAGAAGUGCAAACCCAUAAUCUGUGACAAGUAUUGUCCGUUGGGAUACCUGAAGAAUAAGCAUGGCUGUGACAUCUGUCGCUGUAAGAAAUGUCCAGAGCUCCCAUGCAGUAAAAUCUGUCCCUUGGGUUUCCAGCAGGACACUCAUGGCUGUCUUAUCUGCAAGUGCAGAGAGGUUCCUGCUUCAGUCGGGCCACCUGUCCUGUCAGGCACAUGUCUGUCCAUGGAUGGCCAUCAUCAUAAAAAUGAGGAAAGCUGGCACGAUGGGUGCCGGGAGUGCUACUGUCACAAUGGACGGGAGAUGUGUGCCCUGAUCACCUGCCCAGUGCCUGCCUGUGGCAACCCCACCAUUCAUACCGGACAGUGCUGCCCGUCGUGUUCAGAUGACUUUGUGGUGCAGAAGCCAGAGCUCAGCACUCCCUCCAUUUGCCAUGCGCCUGGAGGCGAGUACUUUGUGGAAGGAGAAACCUGGAACAUUGACUCCUGUACUCAGUGCACCUGCCACAGCGGGCGGGUGCUGUGCGAGACGGAGGUGUGCCCGCCGCUGCUCUGCCAGAGCCCCUUGCGCACGCAGGACUCCUGCUGCCCGCAGUGUGCAGAUGAAUCUCUUCAGCCUUCCUCAUCCCAUAAUGAGAGCGUGCCUAGUUACUGCAAAAAUGAUGAAGGGGAUAUAUUCCUGGCAGCUGAGUCCUGGAAGCCUGACGUUUGUACCAGCUGCAUAUGCAUGGAUAGCAUAAUUAGCUGUUACUCUGAGUCUUGCCCUUCAGUCUCCUGUGAAAGACCUGUUUUGAGAAAAGGCCAGUGUUGUCCCUACUGCAUAGAAGACACAAUCCCAAAGAAGGCGGUGUGCCACUUCAGCGGGAAGGCCUAUGCGGAUGAGGAGCGGUGGGACAUCGACAGCUGCACACACUGCUACUGCCUGCAGGGCCAGACCCUCUGCUCCACAGUCAGCUGCCCCCCUCUGCCCUGUGCCGAGCCCAUCAAUGUGGAAGGAAGUUGCUGCCCAAUGUGUCCAGAAAUGUAUGUCCCAGAACCAACCAAUAUUCCCAUUGAGAAGACAAAUCAUCGUGGAGAAACUGACCUGGAGGUUCCCAUGUGGCCGACACCGAGCGAAAAUGACAUCAUCCACCUCCCGAGAGACAUGGGUCACCUCCAGGUGGAUUACAGAGAUAACAGGCUGCAUGCAAGUGAAGAGCCUUCUCUGGACUCCAUUGCCUCAGUUGUGGUUCCCAUAGUAAUAUGCCUCUCUAUUAUAAUAGCAUUCCUGUUCAUCAAUCAGAAGAAACAGUGGAUACCACUGCUUUGCUGGUAUCGAACACCAACUAAGCCUUCUUCCUUAAAUAAUCAGCUGGUAUCUGUGGACUGCAAGAAAGGAACUAGAGUCCAGGUGGACAGUUCCCAGAGAAUGCCAAGAAUUGCUGAACCAGAUGCAAGAUUCAGUGGCUUCUACAGCAUGCAAAAACAGAACCAUCUACAGGCAGACAAUUUCUACCAAACAGUGUGAAGAAAGCCAGUUUGGAUGAGGUUUUAAAAGACAGAAGACAACUGCAUCUGCUCUUAAAAGUAAACUAGAAUUUGUGCACUUGCUUAGUGGAUUGUAUUGGAUUGUGACUUGAUGUACAACGCUAAGAACUCACUGGGAUGGGCUCUGUCUACAGCAGUGUGCAGAACAGGCAUUCCCACUUUUCCUCAAGAUAACUGACCAAGUGUUUUCUUAGAACCAAAGUUUUUAAAAGUUGCUCAGAUAUAUUUGCUUGUAAUAUAGCUGUAGAGGUAUUUGGGGGUGGGAACAGUGAGUUUGGUUGGGCAAAUGGGUGGGAGGGUGUUGUUGGGAAGACAAAUUGGUCAGCUUGGCUCGGGGAGAAAUCCGGUAGAAUAAAAGCAGUUCAAUGGCCCAGCAGCCAGAGGGUAUUUUUUCCUGUUGCUCUGAAGACUGCACUGGUUGCUGCAAAGCUCAGUCCUGAGUGAGCAGGAAACGAAAAGGCCUCUUGGUCCAGCUGCUGUAGCCACCUUAGAACCAUCAGACGGGCACUUCAGAAUCUUUUAAUAGCCAUCCCAGGUCUAAAGCCACAAGUUAAUUUUCUGUACAGUCAUAACUGCAGUAGGCAGUGAGGAAGUAAGGGAAAGGCAAUAGCAAAAUUUCUCUAAAGCGGGUUAUUAGGGAUAUAUACAGUUAUACUUCCUGCUGCUUUUGUUUUCUUCCAAGCCAAUCAGCCGGUUACUAGCAGAGUCAGCAAAUGAACAAGAUCUAAGUCAAUUCUUGAUGUGAGCACUGGAGCUUUUCUUACAGCGGUGUGGCACGAAGGAGGGUGAAGGACACCAGGAGUUUCCAGGGGCUAUACUUCAUUGUUUGUUGUUGCUUUGUUCUGUUAUAUUGUUGGUUGUUCAUAGUUUUGUUGACGCUCUAGCUUAAAAAGAAAAUUUUUUUUAAAAGACUGGGGAUUUUUUUUUUCCUUAUUAUAUACUGAUUCUACAAAAUAGAAACUACUUCAUUUUAAUUGUAUAUUAUUCAAGCACCUUUGUUGAAGCUCAAAAAAAAUUAUGCCUCUUUAAAUUUUAGCAAUUAUAGGACUAUUUAUGUAACUAUCUUAUGCUUCAAAAAAACAAAAGUAUUUGUAUGUGUCUAUAUAUAUACAUAUAUAUAUUUAUACACAUACGAUCUAUGUUUUCCUGUUGAAUGUAUUUUUAUGAGAUUUUAACCAGAACAAAGACAGAUAAACAGGCAUUCCGUAUCAAUGCUUUUGAUCACUUAUAAAUUCUUGAACACAAAAAUCACAUUCUACCUGCAGUUUAAUAGGAAAGAGAGGUGUGCGAAUGGGUGUGUAAAUAUGUAUACACAUUCACCCACAACUAAGAGUGUGUGCAUGCACACAUCAGGCAGUCAGCAGCACACCUGCUGUGGCAAAGGUAUUCCUUUAUUAAAAUCAUCUUUCUCAUUUGGAUUUGCUUUCGGUUAGUUUUCAGUUCACUCACUGGCCACAGACAUUGAUGGCAGUUUAUCUGCAUCACUAAUCAGCUCCUGGAUUUUUUUUUUUUUUUUUUUUUUUCAAACAACUGUUUGAAACAACUACUGGAAUAUUGUCCACAAUAAGCUGGAAGUCUGUUGUAGAUUGCCUCAAAUAUAACUCUGACUGUAUACUAUAGUGUUAACUUUUCAAACAGCUCUUAGCACUUUUAUACUAAUUACCCAUUUGUGCAUUGACUUUUCUUUUAAAAAUGCUUGUUGUAAAAGACACAGAUACCCAGUAUGCUUAAUGUGAAAAGAAAAUGUGUUCUGUUUUGUAAAGGAACUUUCAAGUAUUGUUGUAAAUACUUGGACAGAGGUUGCUGAACUUUAAAAAAAAGUUAAUUUAUUAUUAUAAUGACCUAAUUUAUUAAUCUGAAGAUUAACCAUUUUUUUUUGUCUUAGAAUAUCAAAAAAAGAAAAAGAAAAAGGUGUUCUAGCUGUUUGCAUCAAAGGAAAAAAGAUUUAUUAUCAAGGGGCAAUAUUUUUAUCUAUUUCCAAAAAAAAAAGAAAAAUUUUGUUAAUGAUAUGAUAUAACCAAAAUAGAUUUACAUCAGCCUGAUUAGUAUAAAAUUUUGUUGACAGUUAAUCCAUUCCUGGCAUAAAAAGAGUCUUUAUCAGAAAAGAUUGUAAAUGCUUGCUUUUUGUUUUUCAAUCAUGGCCAUAUAAUGAAAAUACUAACAGGAUACAGGACAAGGUGUAAAUUUUUUUAUUAUUAUUUUAAAGAUAUGAUUUAUCCUGAGUGCUGUAUCUAUUACUCUUUUACUUUGAUUCCUGUUGUGCUCUUGUAAAAGAAAAAUAUAAUUUCCUGAAAAAUAAAAUAGAUAUAUGGCACUUGGAGUGCACUGUA